AUGUGUCAACUGUUGGCCGACUGUUGUGGAAAACGAGGAGGAGAAAGAAAGUUUUACUCACUAUUUGGAGAAAUGGCGUAUCGAUCUCUCGUCGAAUACGUCGGGGCGAGUGAAAAGAGCAGCUGUGGUUAUUGUCGAUCGAGGCAACGAAGUAAAUCAAAGGAGAAACAGCCAGACCCAGACGGAAGCACCACGGAUGACUCGGAAUUGAACUCGGGCAACUCGUACAGUUUUGGUGUAUGGGGUCAUUUCCUGGCACCGAAUGACUACCAAAUUUUAUUGGAUCGUGGCUGGCGCCGAUCCGGACGCUACCUCUACAAGCCGACUAUGGAUAAAACGUGUUGCCCUCAAUAUACAAUCAGGCUUGAUGUCACGAAAUUCAAGCUGUCGCGCACACAGCGGAAAGUCCUUCGGGCGAUGAAUGACUAUUUAAAGAACGAUCACAUUCCAAAGAGCAAAGUGAACGAAGAAGCCGGUGCACAGGCAUCUAUUUCUGGCACCCACCUUGGCGGUGACGAAUCUCCCGUAAAGAAGAAAAAGAUUAUUAGAUGUGAACGAGCUAUUAAUAGAUGGAUUGCGAAAGGACUAAAUGUGGAAGAAGAGCAACGCAAACGAAUCGAGAAAGAGAAAGCUCGGGAAAAGACCCUUGAAAGUUUUCUUCCGCAAUGGGAUGAGAGUUGGAAACAUAAAUUGGAGGUUCGUUUCGUGUCGGUUAAGUCGAAAGAAUAUCGCAACGAUGCCCAAGAGGAGUUCGAGCUCUACAAGAAGUAUCAGAGUAUGAUUCAUGAAGACAAGCGCAACUCAUUCGAGGAUUUUGAACGAUUUUUGGUGAAGAGCCCGCUCACCGAUGAAAGCAGGGAUGAAAUUGAACCCCACUUUGGCUCGUAUCACGAACAAUAUCGCUUGGAUGGAAAGAUCAUUGCUGUCGGUGUCGUUGAUAUUUUGCCGAAGUGUUUUUCAAGCAAAUAUCUCUUCUAUGACCCGGAUUAUGCUUUCCUGACGCUUGGCACUUAUACGGCUUUACGUGAGAUUUCUUAUGUUCAAAGUGACUUGUUGCCUCGUCGUGCCGAAUUAAAAUAUUACUACAUGGGGUACUACAUCAACAGCUGUCCGAAGAUGCGAUACAAAGGGAAAUUUCGUCCAUCCGAUCUUUUAUGUGAUCACUCGUUUACAUGGGUUCCAUUGAGCGAAUGCCUCCCAAUGCUUGCAGCGAAUGAGGGAAAUUUCACGAUUUGGCGCGAAGAAAUGCCGCCGGCUACAAAGAUGGACGUGGAUAAGCUGAAUGUUUUCUACAAGCAUAAGAUUUAUUCCUGGAAACAGGUUAAAGCCGUCGAUCCGGAUUUGAAUACAGAAGAGGUGGCUGAUAAGCUGAGAGAAUGGAGUGAAAUGGUCGGCCCGGAGGCGAAAUACAUUGCGCUGUACCUGAAGGAAUUGAACAUGCAAGAGGAGUUCGAUGAA